AUGCCAUUCGAACCGAAUUGGAAUGAUUUGCCGGACAAAGUAAAGCACAAAUGCAUCGGAAAGAUGGAUUUUGAGACCAGACUCAAGCUCCGCAGCACCUCACGAAGCGAUCGUCGCCUAGUCAAUAUUCACCAAACUCACCUGAAACUAGUCGAAAUUCACGAAAAAGACGGAUUCCCGAUCGGAUCGAUAACUAUAAUUCCAGAAAAAGGAAAAUCUAUUCAUGUACAAUGCGACGAUCAAGAUUCCAAUCAUCAUACCAUGAUUCCAUUUGUAAAAUUUGUGAUGAAGACUGGAAAAAUUGGGAAAUUAGAUGUAAAUGUGUAUAAAGAUGAAGAAUUGAAAGAGGAGCUGAUAAAGAUUGCAUUGAAAUUUCCGAAGAAGCCGAAGGAAUUUAAUUGGAAUGAUUUAUCGGAGAAGCUUAAGGCUCGAGUAAUUAAUAAAAUGGAUUUUAAAACAAGACUCCGAUUCAGAAAAACCGCCCGUUAUGAGAGAACUCUCGUCGACUCUCAACUAGUUAAUUUUAAUUACAUUCAACUCACUGGAAACUCACAGAAAAUCAAUAAUUUUUGUACUGAACUCUCGUUUCAAACCACUGCAACUAACCAGGAAUGUAUUUUCAAAUUCCGGGAAACGUCGGAAUUCAUUCGGAAAAUUCUUCCACUUCUUGUAUAUAUUUUGGAAAUUGGAGUUAUCGACAUGUUUCUCACUCAUUUCACUAUGGAAUUCAUUGAUAUUUUAAUCGAGAAAAUCACAAAACUUCAUGGAUUUCCGAAACUUCGAAUCAAGACAUUGGAUUAUUUAGUGUCGAGAAAAGCAAUGUUUUGGUUUUUGAGAAAUUGUGAUGAGCGAUAUUUGGAGUAUAUUGAGACGGGAGCACAGAACUAUCGACAAUUUCCGAUUGACAGAUUUUUAACUUUUCCAAUUAAAUGGCUCAAAAUCGACGCGAAACUCGGAACCACCCUAAUCCUCCAUGCGCCUGGGAACCUCGACGAGUUUAUAGAAAAGUUCGAAAAUCGAAUCGAUUUCCAAUCACCCCGAGGAGACUUGUGGCUGUCGAUGAAUGACCCGGAGAAGCAAAUUUAUAUAAAAGUAGAUAAUCUCGAUGAUUUCAAUUGUUUAGAUUCAUGUAGAUGUGAAGUUGUUCCACCAUGUUGGGACUUUAUUAAUUUCUUUUUCAUGUUUUGA